AUGGCACAACGGGCAUCUUUAGAAAUUCUUUCAUCAUUUAUUACGUUGGAUAAAGUUGUAGAGGAAUCGUCAACUAUUUUUACAAUGGAACAAUUGACAAGUAUUUGUAGUAUUGCAUUAUUAUUAAUUGAAAAGGGAGAUGUCUCUAUCAAUAGAAGAAUAUUUUCUUGGAUUUUUGGAUCAAGUGAUAUUGAUUUGGAUUUCUUUUCUAAGCAUUCUAUUCAAAUUGUAUCUCGUUCUUUUAAUUUAAUUUUACAAAAAUCUUCAUCUCAACCUUCCAAUAAGAAGAUAUUUGAUGUUAUUUAUUUGAUAUUAGAAAAGAUUGGAGAAAAUAUCUCCAUGAAGGAAAAGUUAAUUUCUUUAAUAUUAUUGGAAUUAAUUCAUGUUUUAAAUAGUGAAAAGGAAUCAUUUAGAAAAGAAACUAUUAAUUUUAUUUCAUCUACUUGUUCAUUUCCCUUGUUAUGGGAAAGAAUCAAUCAACUAUUUGAAGAGGCAAACGAGAAUGAAGCUCAGGAAUUGGAAAAUUAUACUCUUGUAAAGGGCACUUUGGAAGUUAUUUUCACUUUGAAAAAGGACCAAAUUCCAAGUGAAUACUUGUUUAAAAUUUGUUCAGUAUUUUUAAACUUGUUCAAUUUGAAAGUUGACAAAGUUUUUUAUAAGGAUUAUACUUCUAUUGAGAGAAAUAUUUCCAUUCUCUUAUUUUUAAUUGAAAAGAUGGAAGAAAAUCUUCCAAGUGAAAGUUUAAUGUUGAAUUAUAUUAAUCAAAUUCAUGUUGAAUGUGAACAAUUAUUUACCAAUAUUGUGAAUACUUAUAUAAUUUCAAACAAAUUUAAUUUAGAAGAUACAUCUAUUUUAUGUACAAUUUAUGUAAUUGCAUGCGAUUUACUUUACACGUCAUUCAAAAAGAGAAGGUCAUUUAUUAAGUUAGUAGAAAAUAUACCGCCAAAAUCAGUAGAAAUACCUCUAGGUAUAAAAUCUAUUUAUUCUUGUUGUUUUUUAGAGGACUACAACAUUUCACUGGCUGCUAUUGAGUCAUUCUUAAAAUUAUUAUCUAAUGAUUCAGGGGUAGACUCUCAUCAACAACGUGCAAUCAUUAAGGAUGUCAACUAUUUAAAACUAAUAACUUCCAGAUUGUGGGAUAUGUUAACACCUUCCUAUUCACAAGUUCAUCAUGAAGUUACAAAAUUACUAGUGGAUAUUUAUAAUUUAAAUAGAACAAUAUGUAAUGCUGUUGUUUCAGAUUCUUUACUCAGUAAUACUAUUGAAUCAAAACUCGAGGGAAAUAGAAGAUUUGCUCUUUGUUGGAGAUUGACAGACGAUUUAAAUAUUAGACAAAGAAUAUUUGAAGAUGGAUUUUAUUUAAUGCUUGAUUUAAUUUCAAGUGAUCAAGCCUCUAUGAGGUUAGUUGGCCGCUCAUGGUUACUGUCAUCAUUUUCAAAUAUUAACAGAAUUUUGGAUCCACUUCUUUUAACAUUGUUGGAUAAACAAUCCAUGAGAAGUCUUUUCUCUAGACAUAAUAGAGUAAAGUCGUCAGAUUCAACUACUUCAGAUUGUUGGUCAGAAUCUAGUCCUUUGGAUCGUUUCCAAGAAACAAAUGACACUUUACAAGAGAGAAAGACUCUAUUCGAUGAAAGUAGAUGUAAAUAUGUAUUAUCAUUAUUGAGAAAUAUUUUAAAUGUUUCUCCUCAAUUAUUUGUUGAAAAAACUGGAAGAAUGAUUGCCAGUGAGGAAGUUUUAAACAUUUAUGACAAAUUUAUUGUAAAUAGACCAUAUUAUUUAAAUGAAGAAAAUUUACCAUCCAAAUUAGUGAAUCUACAAGAUAGGGAUUACUUUUCUAUCAUUUCAGUUAUUUGUAUCAAGAUGAUGGAAUGUGGAAUUUAUAUUAAUAAGAAUAAUGGAACGACAACCUCUUCAAGUGAUAUUUCACUUGAGGAAUGUAUUAGAACAAGUGCAGCUUCUCUAUUGAAAGAUAUUCUAAUCUAUGGAAGACAAUCCUCAAAAGCAACAGAAUUGAGCAAAUCUUUGUGUGAAUGUAUUUUAUAUCAUUUAAAGAUUGCUAUUGAUGAUAAUGAUACUGUAUUCCAAGUUGAAUUACUUGAAAUACUCAAGACAAUUAUUGAACAAUUAGACUCCAAUACUCCAAUGAAACCUCUCCAAAAUCUGUUUCCAAUCACGGCUAGUCCUACAAAAUCAAACAAUGAUACCUCAAAGGAGUCUCUACCAAUAAGUAGUUUACUCAACUCGCCAAACUUUCUCAUAACACUUAUUGAAGGAGUUAGACAUUCAAGUAGAGUUGAACUUUCUGAUUCUUUCCAUUCUUAUUCAUUAUUAAGUUAUUGGAUAGAUAGUAUUUCUUCAUUCCUUCCUCAUUUCCAUAAUCAAUUACCAAAAUUUGUAAACAUGUUGGUUCCACUCAUUUGUGACAUUAUUCGUGAAUAUUCAUCCUUGGGUAUAGAUAGCUUUAGAGGACAAGCUAUUCGAACUCUUAUUGGAGGGUUGAGGGAAGUUUCAAGUUAUUGUGUUUUAAGAGAAAUUGAAGAACCAAAACCAAAUGAGGAGACACCAUCAGGUAUUGUAAUGCCAUUCAAGGCAUUCACAGAUUUUAUGAAGGAUGUCUUUACACAAGAUGAUCAUAACUCUGGUUUUAUUUCUCCUGACUAUGAAGCAAGAAAAUACAUGCUUUCUGAACUUCCAAACAUUAUAGAGUCCAUGGCCAUAACAUGGCAAGCUUUAAGAAUUUCUAGUGGUAUACCAAAAGAAACAACCAAUAAGCAAACUACAAAAAUUCAUUCUAUUUCUCAAUCAGGCUCUCUUCAUUCUAAAUUAUCUAUUGAAAAAAGUAUUCUUCAAUUUAUUGAUCCAUUAAUUGUUAGAUUCCCAUUACAAUUAAUUGCUUCUAUACUUGUGUUGUGGUCAAAGACUCAUACCGAUUCAAACAUUUCAAUUUAUUCUGAUGAACAUUCUUUGGAUAGUCAUCUUAUUGAUAUUUUAAAUAAUUGCGAUAACACAACACCUGAUAUUGUAGUUACAAGUCUUAUUGAUUUGAUAUUAUCCCAUGACAACCCUCAAGAAGAGAUUGCUAUGAAAAAGAUGAAGGACAAUUACUCUCUUCACCUUCUCUUCUUUUACUUGAAAAAGUGUAUUAAGAGUGAAAUUUAUUCUCAAAUAGCAAACAAGCUUGUAACUCUGAUCUCUUCACUAACAUCUGAUAAGAACUCUGAUCUAUUAACAUUAUCAUUAUUAUUAAGAGUUGUACAUCAAUUUUUAUCUAGUUGGGGAUCAUAUCUACAAAAUGAUAAAAAAUUGAAAUCUACAUUGAAAGAUAAUACUCAAAAGUUGAUAGAAUGUUGCUUUACUCUAACAAAUAAGGAUAUCAAUGAAAAACGUAAUGAAAUCAUCAAGGAAAUCAAGAAAAUCUCGUCAACUAAUAAUUUACAGAAUUUAGAUAAUGUAAAAGAUUCCAUCUUUAGAAAAUCCUUACACGAUCACAGUGAUCCAUCUUUUAACUUUUUAAGACUUUUAUCAUCCACUUUAAAUGAUAUAAUAACUUAUUUGUAUGGAGAAAAAGAUUUAGGACAGCCAUUAAUUAUUGCCAUUAUUUAUCCACUAUUUUUAAUUAUUAAGAAUAGAGAAACAACAAAUUUAAGAAGAGUUAAACAAGCUGUUAAAUUAAUUUCUACUUUCAGUACAGCAAUUUUAAAUAUGAGACCUCUCAAAAAAGAAAUAUUUGAUACAAUUGCAGAUAAUUGUUUCUUCUAUUGUGGAGCUAGUACAUUCAAGUAUUGGUUUAAAAUUUUCAAAAAUAUGGAAAUUACUGAUACAUCACUUGUUCAAGAUUUAUUGACUCGAUUUGCAUCAACUUCAAGUAUUUUAACAUCAAGUAGUACAGAAGUAUUUUCUAGAGCUAGAUUAUUGAAGAGAAUUGCUUUCAUGUUAUAUGUUGGUAAUAUUAAUGAUUACAAUAAUUUUGUACCAGCCAUUGUAGAAAAAAUUGUUGAAUCAUUGAAGGUUUCUGGUUCUCCUCAAAGUAAUAAUGCUCUUAUUACAAGCGUUUUGUUAUUCUAUCGUGUUUUAAUUACUAGAAUUUCGACAGAUAAUUUAAGAAAAUGGUGGCCAAUGAUUAUUACUGAAAUUAUGAGAGUAUUUAGCGACAAGAUUGUUGAUGAUGAAGAUUCAACUGUUAUUAUGGAUGCUAUGAAAUUCUUGGAUGUUGCUACUGUUAAACUACCAGAAGAGUUCCAAAUUUACAAAUGGAUCUUUUUGAGCGACUAUACCACAAGACUCAAAAUAAUAGAUGUUCAAGUAUUCUUUUCACCAUACUUGGAUCAAUUUUUAGACAAUAAUAAUAACAUAGAACAAAUGACUGAUGAUUCGAAUAAUACUUCUAACGCUAUUAGAAAACCAAUUAAUUAUGAAAUCUUGAAAUCUGAUUUGAAAUCUGCUAAAAGCUUUGCUUCAGAACUUUCUUCAAAAAGAAGACAAGAACAAUUAUUUAUGGCUACCAGCAACAAUGCAAAUGUAUGUGAUGACUAUGAAAUUAACAGACUUGUUCAAUUGGAUUUAAUUGAAUUAACAAAGGAAGACAAUUAUAGACUUAAUAAUCAAGUAAUUGAAGAAGACAAAAAUGAAUGGGUCGAAGUCGAUUCAUUAAACAAAUAA